CUCUGGGCAGGGGCUGACGUUAGCAAGCGUGUACAUAGCCAUAGGCACAUGAAAAUUGUCAGUCUGACAGUCAGUCAGUCGUUCUGUCUUUGUUGGUUGUAAUUCACUAAGACUGCCGUUACUGCGUAGGUGUGGAUCUGCAGCGUACGUGUGUCGUCGUUGAGAGGGAUGGAGGCAAGAAAUGGAACAGAAAUAUUGAGUGGAGAUAUAGUAACGACUCUCCCUGAUCCUGCAUACAUCUUGGCUAUCGACAUUGGGACAACAACACUGAGGUCUCACGUGUACAAUGCUAAUGCUAAUGUCGUUGGAAUAGGUUCAAAGAGGAUACAACUUCUUUACCCUCAGCCGGGAUGGGUGGAGAUGGAUGAAGAGGUUUUCUACCAACAGUUCAUUGAUGUUGUCAAAAUAUCUUUAGAGAGAGCGAAUAUCACAGCAGCUGAUGUCACAUCGUUAGGCAUCUCCACACAGAGGAACACCUUUAUAACUUGGGAUCGGGAGACGGGUAAACCGUUCCAUAGAUUGAUCACGUGGAAGGACACGCGCUUCGAUGCAUACUGCCACACGUGGAACAACUGUGUCACUGUCAAGGCUCUACGCGCCGGCUCUAGGUGCCUCUACUCCCUGACGAGAAACAAACGCUACCUCGCGACCACUGUCUUCCAGUUCAAGACAGAGACGUUGCCCAUAAGACUCCGCUGGCUGUUGGAUCACAACGCAGAGAUGAACAGACGGUCAUGCGAGGGGCAAGUCAUGUUUGGAACUAUCGAAACAUGGUUGCUAUGGAAACUGACAGGAGGAAAGAAACACCUUGUAGACUGGUCAAGUGCCAGCAGCACACUUCUGUUUGAUCCGUAUCUGCUUCAGUGGAGCUCCAUCAUCCUGCGACUCGUUGGUCUGCCGAUGGACAUGCUGCCACGCCUUGUCGACACUGCCGGGGACUUCGGCGAAACUCUGCCCGAGGUAUUCGGUGCCCCAAUCAAGGUCGCGGCGAUGGUAGGGGACCAGCAGGCAGCCAUGUUUGGAGAAUGCUGCUUCGCGGUGGGUGACGUGAAAUGUACGAUGGGCACCGGAACCUUCAUAGACAUCAACACCGGCAGCAACUCACGCACGUCUCGCGGAGGCCUCUAUCCUCUCGUUGGUUGGAAGAUGGAGGAUGAGGUUGUGUAUUUAGCAGAGGGAGGGUCAGCAGACACGGGAACAGCCAUCUCCUGGGCUCAGGACAUCGGACUGUUUGCGGAAGCGCGGGAGAGCUCUGCGAUCGCGGAGUCUGUGAAAGAUUCCAACGGUGUGUUCUUCAUUCCUUCCUUCAGUGGUCUCCAGGCUCCCGUCAACGAUGCGCAGGCGUGCGCGGGUUUCCUCGGUCUCUCCUCGCACACGACGAAGGCUCACAUGGUUCGCUCGUUACUCGAGUCGCUUGCCUUCCGCAUCAAACAGCUGUUUGAGACGAUCGUUGCCGAGGCGACCUUUCCCGUCGGUAACAUGAGGGAUGGGGAGGCGUGCCAAGCAACGAGUUUUCUGUUGAGCAGCUCAUGUCGAUCUUGA